AUGCGUCUCCUCAAGGCCUUCUCGAUCGGCGCCUGCAUCUUGGGCGUCGUCGAGGCCGUCCCCCGCCACACCCACAGGCUUGCCACGAGGCAGGUCACCAAUCUCCGGGACGAGUAUGACUUUGUCGUCAUUGGUGGUGGUACCGCCGGCUUGACCGUCGCCGACCGUGUUUCGGCUGCCUUCCCCAGUAAGACCGUCCUGGUCAUCGAGUAUGGCAAGAUCGAGGGGACCGUCGGUUACUACGACCCGCCCGAGGAUGGCCGUGGUGCCAGCCGCCUGGUCAUCAGCUCCCCUCCUGUUGCCAGCGUCAACAACCGCGCUGCCACCGUCAUCCUAGGGAUGACGGUUGGUGGAGGAUCCGCCGUCAAUGGUCAGUUCUUGGACCGUGGUUCCAGGCACGACUACGACGAGUGGGCGCGUCUUGCUAGCCCUCAGUUCGACGACAGCCCUGACAAGUGGGACUGGGAGAACUUUGGCCCCGCGUUCAAGAAGGCGAGUCUCUUUCUAUCCCUGUUCCUCACCGAGCCCAGCGAUGAGCUCGUCCAGGAGCACGGCUACACUUGGGAUACCUCUGCCUACACCGGCGACUCAAUCGAGGCCUCUUUCCCGCCCUUCCAGUGGCCCAUUCAGCAGAUUGCGCAUCGGGCGUACGAUGAGUUUGGCCUGGAGACACCUUUGAGCUGCGACAACGGGGACAAGCAUGGUGUCUGCUGGGUCCCUUCGGCUCAGAACUCGGAGACUGUCGAGCGAUCCCACGCCGGCGUCGGUCACUACACCAGGAUCGCGGACUCGCGCUCCAACCUCGAUCUCCUCGUCGAGCACAAGGUCACGCGCCUCAUCGUCGACAAGGACGACAAGGCCCCUCCCGCCAUUGAGUUCCGCCCCGUCGCCGGUGGUGAAGUCCAGACCAUUCGCCCCAAGCGCGAGGUCGUCCUGUCGGCCGGUGCCAUCCACACGCCCCAGAUUCUCCAGCGCAGUGGCGUCGCCUCCGCCGAGUACCUCGAGUCGGAGGGCAUUGAGCUCGUCCAGGAUCUCCCCGGUGUCGGCCAGAACUUCCAGGACCACUGCGGCACCCCCAUGACCUACUCGUACGAUGCUCCUCUCCCCAACGAGGCCGAGGUCAUCAACAACGCAACCUACGCGGCUGAGGCCGUCGCCCAGUUCCGUGAGCGUCCCGCGCGUGGCCCUUACACCCUCGCCAUGGGCAACACGGCCGCAUACGCUGCCCUCCAGAACGUCACACCCGAGUGGGAGCAGAUUGUCAUCAACAUCCGUGCCCAGAUCGAGGACCGCUCUGCCCUCCAGUAUCUUCCCGCCAGCGCCACUGAGACCGUCCAGGAGGGCUACCUCGCGCAGCUCGAGAUUAUCGCACAGGCUCUGGAGCACCCAGAGCACCCAAUCCUCGAGAUGCCCUUCCACACGGGCCCAGCGAUGGCCUUUCUCCUGAAACCGCUCAGCCGCGGCUCUGUUGUCUUGAACUCGUCUGACCACGAUGCCACCCCUGUUGUCAACUACGCCACCGGUGCCAACCCGAUCGACCUCGACAUCAUGGCCACCUACGUCGACUACUUCCGCAGGCUCUACGCCACCGACACGUGGCAGGAGCUUGGCGCCGUCGAGGUCGCCCCCGGUGCCAACGUCACGGAGCACGACGCCCUCAUCGAGUACGUCAAAGACACCGUCAUCCAGUCGCUCAUGCACCCCUGCUGCACGGCUGCGAUGCUUCCUCGCGAGAAGGGCGGCGUCGUCGAUGCGAGCCUCUCCGUCUACGGCAUCUCGGGUCUUCGUGUUGCGGACUGCUCCAUCAUCCCUACUGUCCCUGCUGCCCACACGACCACCACGGCGUACGCUAUUGGUGAGAAGGCUGCUGAGAUUAUCAUCAGGCGGUGGAAGAAGGGUUGCAAGCAUUAG